AUGCCUUCGGCAAAAGCUUUUGUACCUUAUAAUCGAAAGCGACAACUGAGCGAAGCAGAGCCUGAGACUGAAUCCUUACCGCAGCCCCCCGCCAAACAGCGAAAGCUUGAAGAACACCGACAACACCAGACACCCAAUUACUUUUGGGACAACCUCUCACGGGUGUGGCUAACUGACGACGCUCUCCGAGAGUUUGAUCGAAGGACGGUCUGGCCUGCUGCCCCUAUACCACCUAACCGGACUGGCAAAGAAAACAUCGACCUCGCGAAGCUCAAACGCUUCGCAAGACACGGCGGACCAAGCCUUGGUGACAUCCGAGGUGUAAGUUCAACACAAUCCUUUUCAAAUAGCCUUUCUGACAGAGCCCAGUAUUCGGAUCCCGAGGCAUCAGUUCCUUCUAGCCCAACAAUGAACUCCAGUCAAUCAAGCUCCAGGAAACGAGCCAAGACCGGAAAAGAAUCGGAUACAUCCUCCACCACAAGGAAAAGCUCUGCAUAUAAUCGCAACUUUGAACAUCAUCUUAUCGAUCAUGGCAUCUAUCCUCAUGGGUACUACAAUGGUAGUGAUGAUGAUGAUGGUUCAGUAUAUCCAGACAACUGGGAAGAAAUAAAUGAGAGGCUAGCACAGCCACGACCUUCCCUUUCUCCGUCGCGCUUUACCCGAGAAGAAUUUAGGAAAUUUGAAAAAACGAAUAUGCAAGCUUUGACGGAAAGUAAAGUGAUGAGCAAGGCAUUCCCGAUCAUUGCUGGCACGGCCGACAUCCCUUCGCAAGAGAAUCUCCGAUUUGGAAACCUCAAGGACUUGACCGAUGGCUCUAUCACCAAGGCCCAGCCGGACUUCUACGAUGGGGCCCGUCCGGAGGAUCUGAAUAAGCAGAUCCGAGAAGAGCUUGGGCCUUAUAUUGUGCCAUCGACGAAUACAGCCGCACCAUGCUUGCCCAACUUCUGCACGGAGGGCAAAGGCCCGGAUGGGAGUGCGCCUGUGUGCAAGCUACAAGCAACGUAUGACGGGGUUGUAUGCGAACGAGGGAUGCUUGAGCUUUCAUCGUACGUGGAUCCAGGUACAGUGCAAUACAACAUCGCUCACACAAUCACAUCUACCUACCAUGGUGGCACGGGGGAUCUUACGCUCUAUUCUACACAUGCAAAUCAGUCCAACAAUCCACAGCAUCCAAUCGAAUAUCGCAUGACGCAGCUCAACGGAUGGAAAAUGACAGGCAACCCAGAUACUUUUCGACAAGGGGCGACUGCUUGGAGGAACGCCAGAGGCUUGGCGAAGGAGAAACGGGAAGAACUCAUAGCUGCAGCGAAUGCGAAGGCACUUGAUGCUGAAACCCCUGGAUUUGAGUCGUCAACGCAAAGCUUUGUGUCACUGUCAUCGAAUGAGCCCACCCAUCCGGAGUCGGAGACGUCAGCUGAUGAGCUUGCGCUGAAUAUUAACAUACUAGCUAGCUCCAACCACAGAACUACGGCCGGGGUUCAAGAGAAUUCUCAACCCAAAAUUUCGUCAAAUCGAUAUCUGAAGAAGAAUAAGGGUUCUCAAAUCAACAGGAGGCCUGCCAAGGUCUCCUCUGCCUAUCAUCUUCUCACGCCGAUACGCAGACUAAACAAAUGUAGCGGACCAUCAGCCUCUCUGCUGUCAUCGGGCAAAGAUAUUGUUCAGCCUGAAAAAGAGACAUCGCUGUCCUGGGUGCAGAUAUUUGACGAAUCCCCAGCCUCGUAUGGCAUCGAUAGCUGGGGCGGAUAUGUUGAAAUGAUCCCACCAAAAGCAAGGCUACCAUAUGAAAGGGUUGUAAACCUCGAGAACGCUCUGGAUUACAUCAGCCACGGACUGUUUACGAUAUACUACCGUCACUCGAUCUUGAAAGCACCUACCGAACUCGCCAAAACUGAGUUGAAUGGUCUUCGGGUUGCGAAGGAAGGGGUGACCAAGAUGAAGGCAACCAUGACAAUUGACAAGGACCUCAGCGGCACAUUCAAGGUUCAAGACGAUUACACGAAAAGUGUUGCGUCCGUGCGGUUUGAUGCAGGAGCAGCACUGCAGACACUCAAGAGUGAUGGUCUCAUCAAGAGGGAUGAUUGA